GAGAGAGUGAUUUGGUGGAAUAGAGAGAGAGCGUACCGUACACAGAGUCUCUUCGAUAUUUACAAAGGAGUGCGCAGCUAUUUCUCUUUGGUAAAACCCUAAACCCUCACUUUGCUGUUCACGCUUCUCAUCGCUCAUUUCCAGUUUGACUUAAUAAGUGGGUCUCAAUGGAAGAAGUUUAUUCGCCGGAACUUUUGAAUGAAUAUUAUCUGAUCAAGGACAAGGUUGGAGAAGCUAUGUUGUAGAAAUUUAUUUUGUUGUUUAAUUGAGGGGAGGAAAAAUGGCCUUCGCAGUACUACCACUGAAAUCAAUGAUGGAGGUUCACAAUUUGCAUACCCAGAAUUCUUUCCCCAACCAAGCAUAUCUGAAUUAUGGCAUCACUCAUUAUCCUCAAGGAAGGGCUCUGAUUCCUUCUAGGUAUUCAUUUGUGGGUAACUGUGAAACUCCAUGUGAUCCACGGUGGACUGAGAUUUAUGGAAAAGGAGCAACGGCUUCUUUGCUAAGGUGUAAAGGGCAGCAAACUGGGGUUUUUCAUGAUACUAUCAACGAGGGCAGUCAAAAAGAGUUCAAAUUGGAAAGAUACAAAAUUGAUGUUGAAAAGAAACUCAUUGACCAAACCCAUUCGAGAAAAUAUACUUAUCCUUCAAAAUUCUCCUUGGAUGGGCCCUUUGUUGAAAAUGAUGAGAAGACUAACAAUGAAAUUCUCGAGAAUUUCUGCAUUCGUGGGAAAUUACUUGAUGCAGUGAAGGUAGUAGAUGUGAUGACUCGUAGAAACCAAAUUCCCAAUUUUCUGUGCUGCAUAAAGUUGAUCAGAGGCCUUGUCAAUGCUGACCGUACAGACAAAGCUGCUAAAGUCCUUCAACUAAUGGUUAUGACUGGUGGCGUUCCUGAUAUUAUCACAUACAACAUGCUAAUUGGUGGUCUGUGCAGGAAAAGGCAUCUCAAGUCUGCUCUUGAUGUCCUGGAAGGAAUGAGCUUGAGUGGUUGCCCUCCAGAUAUUAUCACUUUUAACACAAUAAUUCGAGCCAUGUUUUAUCAUGGUAAGUAUGAUGCAGCCAUCCAAUUUUGGAAAGACCAGCUGAGAAAGGGGUGCCCUCCUUAUAUAAUUACUUAUACAAUCCUCAUUGAGUUGGUAUGUAAACAUAUUGGAGCCAGACAUGCUCUGGAGAUCAUGGAAGAUCUAGCAGUUGAGGGAUGUUAUCCAGAUCUGAUAACCUACAAUUCAAUGAUCAAUCUUACUUGUAAACAGGGGAAUUAUGAAGACGCCACAUUAGUUGUCUCUGAUCUUCUCUCACGUGGAAUGGAGCCCAAUGCUGUAACGUACAACACUCUUCUCCAUUCACUUUGUAUAUAUGGGUGUUGGGAUGAAGUAGAUGAGAUACUUCUCUUUAUGGUUGAAACUUCAAACCCUCCUACAGUUAUAACAUAUAAUAUUUUGAUUAAUGGUCUAUGCAAGCAUGGUCUGCUUGAUCGGGCUAUUGACUUCCUUGAUCAGAUGGUUCUACGUGACUGUUCCCCUGAUAUAAUUACUUAUAACACGCUGCUACGUGCACUCUGUAAGGAGGCAAUGGUAGAAGAAGCUAUUGAAAUUCUUCAGUGUUUGGGCAAUACAAAUAGCUCUCCUACCUUAAUUACUUACAAUAUUGUGAUUGAUGGAAUGGCGAAGCAUGGUUUCAUGGAGAAGGCACUGGAGGUGUACAAGUACAUGGUAGAGUUUGGGCCUUGUCCAGAUGAUGUUACUUAUCGAUGCCUAAUAUGGGGGUUCUGUCGGGCAGAUCUGGUUGAAGAUGCUGUACAGUUACUAAAUGUGAUGGGUAAUAAUAGCCGACGCAGAGUAAGAGAUAAUUGUUAUAGAUUCAUAAUUCAUAGAUUAUGCCAAAAGAAAGAACUGGAUACUGCAGUUCAAGUCAUAGAAAUGUUGACUUCAAGUAAAAGAAAGUAUGAUUCUACCUUUAGCUCCAACAUUAUUCAAGGAAUACAUGCUGCAGGCAUGACAGAGGAAGCUACAGAGUUACGGCAGAAGUUGAUAGAGAAAAAGCUUUUCAAAGAAUAGCAUUUGUUUGGUCAAACAAAUAGCUGCAAGCUUUGGCUGUUUCACAAUAAUCUGCAUGAUAAAUAUCCCUCUCUGAUAUUUCUUAGUUUUUGCUUGUUUUCAUUUUCUUUGCAAGCAGAUAAUGGGUACCAUAGAGAGUUGUGCAAAAUAUGUUCUGAUAUAGAUACCUCGGACUGGUCUCUCUCCAUUCCUGUAUUCCAUCAGCUAUUCUACUAGCUGUGAUUAUUAUUGGCUGCAGGAAAUCGUAUUUUCUGAAUGGGAAUUGGAAAGUUGUAUAGAAACUUAUACAGAAGUCUAAGGUGCCAUGCUGCUUCUUCUGUAAGAUGGUGGCAAAAAGACAAAGUUCCCCAGUUGCUCAUAAUUUGGAGAAGAGGAGGAUAUGCAUUAGCUGGCGUUGCACGUAUGAGAAUGGCUGCCAUCUUUCUGAUGUUCUCUCAGCUGUCCCAGUUCUUCCUGGGAAACUUUUGGAUAACACUGAUGGGGUGCUUCUGGCAGGAUGGAGGAUCUGCUGGGGAAGCUAAAAAUACUUGGAGCAGUUUUCUUUUCUCUCUAUUCGACAACAAAAUAAAUGCCCUUUGAGCAAAACCUUGGAUGGAUUAGCUUGCGGCUUUGUUUUUGAGAGCCGCACAUGGAUUUUCUCUACUUCGGUCGUAGCAUGUUUAUAUUACUCCCAUGCAUCCAGUUUUGUACAACUGAGUUUGAUUGCUGGUGCAUAUGGAACUUGUCAAGAUAAAACUUUUGUUCUUUUGUUCAUGGAUAUAUGGCACUAAACUAUUUUCGAUGAA